UAUUACUGAAGACUGAAGACUGACAUACUGGAAUCCUGUAAGUCAUUCCAAAGAAAAUAACAGCCUUCUUAAGCGUGAUUUAUCGUGGCCUAGAAGUCACUUACUAUUGGUUCUUUCGUUAGUUGUUCUUACAUGGUUGUGUUUAAAUCACGGGUUCAGAGAAUAAAUAACCUUUAUAUUGCCAAAAGUCGAAAGUUUGAAGGUGUACGUUACAGUUGUUGGUUAUCCAGUAGUUCAAGUGGAACCAUGCUUGAUCGUCUCCACUCUUAUGGUAGAAACAAACUUUACUUCUUAAGACUUCGUCGAUUCUGCCAGUUUAUUUUAAAUCUCGGCAGGGAUGGAUUUUAUGACGGCUGGCUGGGAAAGGAAUCUUACUGCACUCUGAACACAUCUGAGGAUUUUAGACUGCUAUAUUCCGAGAAAGCUCGCGUUAUUUGUGCUAUGUGGUACUUUUUGUCGAGGCACAAGUUUAAAGAGGCUGCUAGAUUACUAGCUCACUCAAUCCAUGCAUAUCCAAUGUCAUCGACCUGGAUAUGGCGGGUGGCAUUCCAUAUAUUCCAGUGUUUGAAAGAUGAUGUUGGGUUGAGAUCAUUUAGUAGGGUUUUGGAUGGGUUUCUUCUGAGUGAUGAAAAUAACCGUAUAUUAGAGUUUAUAUUAUAUGAGAUCAGCAAAGGAAACUUGAAUGCUGUACAGUUUUGUCGCACAAAUAUACAGCCUGUUCAACGAAAUAAAUAUGCAAGUCUUCAUACAGUUUUGACUAGAGAGCCAGAAUUCGCACAUGUUCAGCGAUUACAAAGACUCUAUGAAGGUUACAGCUUUUAUGGAAUGUGGCUUAAACAAAUUAAUUCAUUAGUAUCAGCUAGUGAUCCCGAUGAUAUUCAUAUGACAGCCGAUAAUUUAGCUGAGAAAGCUUAUCAUCGAUUACAGGAAGUUGAAGCUCUCGUUUCUGAGGGUCAUUUAUGCGAUACCUUUGUCAGAGCAUUUGUUGAAAUACUGCAAUAUUUUAAUGAAUGUACACGUGCACAUGCCUUACUACUUAGUUAUGCCCAAAAAGUUCCUGAAAACCCAAACACCUUAAGAUAUCUAUGCGAAUGGCAUAAACGUCAACCUGUACCAAUUACUCAUUCAUCAGCAGUUUUGUCUCCAUCUCAUCCAAUAACCAAAAACUGUCAUGAUUCCUCAGCAUGUAGUUUAGAUCUAAGUGACGGUAAUACAACUGUUGAUGAAACUACACAAUCGCAUACGUCCCAUCAGAAGAAAUCGCCCAAAAGUUUGAAGAAUUCAAAAAUUUAUUUAGAAUAUCGUAUAUCAUUUAGCAGGCGUACAUUACCUGAACCAGCUCCGAACCUGCCUGAUAAUUAUGAAUCUAUGUCGAAAAAAGAAGUAAAAAGUUUAUUAAGGAGAAGUCAUAGCCAUUUACCAACUAUAAUUUCUUGUUUAAAACGUGAUCACCCUGAACGUAAGUCGUAUGACCGUAGAAACUUAAAUCACAAGUUUAGGAAGAAUCAAUGGACUUCAGCUCCGUCUACAAACCUGACAGAUGCUUGGAAACUCAUUACAUCUGGUUCUGAACAUGAUUUGGAGCAAAGGCACCUUACUUAAGUUUAUAAAAAGCCUACCUAAUGAUCGUGAUUAGUGGUGAGUAGCAAAAGCGGAAGAGAUGAAAAAAACAGCGGUGGGUCACAGUAGAUUACUAUCCAGACUUAUCAAAGAAACGUGUAUUAAAGAUCCGCCAGGACUAUUAUCAACUCUCGAUCCAGGAGAUUGAACCGAUUGGCAAAACACUAGGGGAAUGGCCUUUAGUGGUAAUUCAGUAACCUGCUAUCUCCAAGUAACCUGAAGGCAAACUGAUGUAAGUGCUUGAAAUCUUAAUGAGGUUGAUAAGGUUAUUGGUAAUCUAAGUGAUGGAUAGCACCAGGGCCUAAUUGACUAACACCCGAGAUUUUUAAGGUUGGUGGUCCAGUUUUAGCAGCUCCACUAAUUGAAAUCUUAUUUAAAAUCUGGUAACUGGAUGUAAUCCCAUCUAACUGGUUUCGAUCCCUGAUCGUCCCAGUUUAUAAGAAAGGACAAAAAUUCUCUUGUAACAAUCUCAGAGGAACCAGUUGAAUAUAGUAUCUAAAAUAUUAGUGUCAUUUGUGGUGUAGGUGAGAUAUGCGUCUUCCGACCAAACAGAGUUCUCCCCUUCUACUUCAUGGAUGUAAAACAUGGCUAUUAAUAGUAGAGGAUAUUCGUACGUUAUUGGUAUUCUGUUAUAGGUUUCGACGAGGCACUGCUCUUGUAUUUUGGGAGUAUAGUAAACAAUGCUUGGGUUAAUAAUAGAGUAUAAGGCAAAGAAGGUAGGUCGAUUGAUAAGGUAGUAAAUCUUCAACCGAGAUGGUUGGGAGAUGUGUUGCAUAUCUUCAACCACCGCCUACCUCGAUGUGCGUUGUUUUCUGGUUUAGGAGUAGGCUGACCGGACUAGUCAAAAAAUGGCAUCAGACCAUGUAGACACUGGAAAUCGGACUUACCCAAGUUAUUAGGUGUAGACCACCUGGUUGGGGUGCGCGUGAUUAUCGUAGCCAAUGGUUAGAGGUUUUUAACGACAUAAAUCAAAAUCGUUUGCAAUGGCCCAUGUGCAUCCAUUCUUUGUCUUCCCCCAAAUUCUGAGAUUCUAAAUCCCUCAUAACUGUUUCGUUAAUUUUUAUUUUAUUUCCGAGUUAUAUCGUCUAUCUUCUUUCUUAUUACCACUAAUACUGUUACCACCUCUACGAUUCUGGGAUUUGAUGUGACAACCUUUGAAUUGUAGUCUAGCCAUUUAAUUAGCGUAUUUUAUACAGCAAAUGUGCCUCAAAGUCUAAUUUAUGAACCUCUCUUUAGUGUGUUUGCGUCCAGAGCUUUUCGACAAUUUUUGACAAAGUAACGUUUCUUGAUGAUAAUAAUCUCUUUAAUACUGUGUAUUUAAUUGUAUGUAGCAAAUAAUAGUCGAUCCAAAAUUAUCGACUAAUUGCUGUCUUAUAUUCACUUAGCUCGUGAAUAUUCCAAAAUAUGCUUAAAAAGGUUUUUCAACAGUCGUAAUCUUCCACUCAUCUUCCAUUACAAACAUUUUUGACCAGCUUUGUUUUUCCAUAACCUUUUUUUACCUGUAUGAUAUAUUUGAUUUCUAAGUUGUAUUUCAGUCACUUAUUCCUUCUCCAAAUAUCAGACGAGGUGAAAAAUACAUCGACCUAUGCGGUAGUUCUCGGAUUUUACACUAUUUAGCUUCAUAAAAGGUCGUGAGCUUUUUUAAGAGCAUGUGAGCAUAUUAAAUAGUUAAAUACGUAGUCAGUUAUAGCACAUUUAUAACAAAACGUUAUUUGCGUUGUUAGAAAAUAACAUGGUUCUGAAAUUUGAUCCGCAAAAUACAAACACUGAGCGCUGUUUCUUUUCAAUUAUAUCAAUAUUCAGCAAGUACAUAUUUGCCAAGUUUCUGGAUCCGUGAGUGGUUUUUGUACAAUCAAUGUAGCAAGCUAACUAUUUUUACAACUAUGGAUUAAGUGCUAGGUAUACCUGUAGAUGUUCUCGAUUUCUCUUUCUGCAUGUUACAUUUUACGAUCCACAUUAGAAACAUCUAACACCUGAUCAUUUUCAUAGACUAGCAGCUUCUACUGUUUUCCUAGGGCCUGGGUUCGAGGAGUACUAAGGACAAGUGUGAGGUUUUAGACAAACUAAGUUGACCUAUAGAAUUAAUGAUCACUUUUGGUCGUAGGUAGUUUUUUUUUAUUACAUUCUUUAUCUGUCCAACAACCAUUAAUCAUAAAUGACUACUAUAAAUGGGACGAUUAAAAAAAAAUUCACUGCAGUUUUAUUUUAAUUUAAUGUUAUAUCGUUCUCUUUUUAUCUUCUACAAUUCAAAGAGAUUAAAUAAAACUCUCCUACGUUAAGGAUGUCAAUUAGUCUUCGUUACACCAGUGAAAUGUUCUUUAAUCUCAGUGCUUCAUCAUCAGUCGAAAAAUUAUGUAUAAUUUUAUACUUCAUUUUAUAAAGUUCAUUGUUUAUUUAAUAUAGACUGAAAGAACGUUUCUAAAUUCACUGUUUAUCAAUUAUUUGAUUAAAGACCUUGAUUACUGUAGUUUUAUUUUAGUGAUAGGUUUUGAUUGUAGAUUAGUAAAAAUGCUCAAACUGUCUUUUUUUAAAAAUUGUUUUGAAGAUCUUCAUUACGAAUAUAAAUUAGAAAUGGAAUACUAUAUGUCAUGUUUUUAGCAUUCUUUAGUCCAUCAAUGUUAUGACUGCUAAAUAUAAUCUUUCCUCAUACCCUGUUAAUUUUACCAGUUGUAUGUGAAGAUUAGAUGUCAAGGUUUUAUCUUACAUUUUUGCUGUUAUACUACCUACCAAUUACUUAACAUAAUGUUGUUUAUAAUGAAUUUCGUAGGAAGAUUUUCUGAUGCAUUGGAUCUAUCAUUUUUACUGCUUGAUCACCCAUCUUGGGCUGUAUACCACGAACCUUGGCGCCUCUUACGGAAAAGUAUAUUAUGCAUCGGCAAAACAAAUUCCCAAGUUUCACGUGCAUGGAAUAUGCGAAAAUGGUAUUGGAAUAAACUGCAACUUUCUUUACCUAAUUUACCUGUUAUUGCCAAGUCUAUGAAGUUAUUGUUGAAUAAACUCGAUUUGACCGAAUCGAAUCAAUGCGAUGAUGAGGAAUCAAAACUGAAUGAUCGUUUAAAUGUCGAAUUAACAAUUGUUACUAAUAUGAAACCAGUUAUUUUUCCAGAGUUUUCCAAUACAGACUUAUCUUGAUUUAUAUAUAUAUAUAUAUAUAUAU